AUGAGCUGGGCAGGUCUCUGUGCGGCCCAUAAAAGCACUUUGAACAGGGCCGAACGACUGGGGCGCUUCUUGUCAUGGCGGAACUGCAAACCAUGUAAGCCCAGGGUAGACGUGUGA